AUGAAGUCUACUAUCAUCCUCGCCUUGGCUAGCAUGGCCAUCGCAGCCCCCACCCCCCACCAUCGAGAACCGCCAGCUGCCCGGUCUCGGUUCCAGCACUGGAACCAGCAGUGGACUGGAUGCCCUGAAGUCUCUCAUCCCAGGGCUCUCGGGGUCUGCAUCCAAAACCCCAAUGCUAACAGUCAAUUCCUAGGCUCUGGCUCUUCGACCGAGAACGGUGUCACCGAGAAUGCCGGCUGCAAGGAGUACACCUUCAUCUUUGCUCGCGGAACUACCGAGAUCGGUAACAUGGGCACAGUCAUUGGACCCCCCCUCGCCAAGCAGUUGAACUCCCUGACCGGCGACAAGGUCACCGUGCAGGGUGUUGAUUAUCCCGCGGAUGCAGCGGGUAACGCAGUGAUGGGUGCAGCCGGCGGUCCCGCCAUGGCUAAGCUCGUCAAGCAGGCUCUCAGCCAGUGCCCUAAGACCAAGGUCUUGUUGGGUGGAUACUCCCAGGGUGCCAUGGUCGUCCACAAUGCUGCCCAAAGCCUCAGUGCUGACCAGAUUACCGCUGCUGUUCUUUUCGGUGACCCACUCAAGGCCCAGAGUGUCGGUCAGGUUGCCAGUGAUAAGGUGAAGGAGUUCUGCCACCUUGGUGACCCUGUCUGCCUCAACGGAGUAAAUGGCAUGGCGCAUAUUACUUAUGGUACUGAUGCUGCAGCCGCUGGAAAGUUCUUGAUUGAAGCUGCCGGUGGUGCUUCUACUUCUUCCUAG